AUGUCGUUUGUUGAUGCAAUUUUGGGAGGAACAACGAAAAAAGCAGAAUAUUAUGAGGUUUUGGGAUGUGAUAGAAAUGCGAGUUUGGAACAAAUUCAAGCAGAGUAUAAAGCAAGAGUUCGAGGAUGUCAUCCGGAUAAAGUUGCUGAAAUUGGAGAUGAGGAAAAAAUCAAAUUGGCUAAUCUGGAAUUUUCGAAACUACAGGUAAAUUCAGGGGUUCCAGUUUGA